CCCUUCCAGAAAGGGGACACCCUGAAGCUGUGCCGGCCCCGGGCCCCUGCGUGGGAGGCUGGAAAAUGUUGUCACACGGAAGCGGUGUCAGCACCCACUGCCACCAUCCCCGGGUGGCCUGGCUGCUCCAGGGACAGAUUUCACCCUCUUCCCCGGGCAGGGGUUUAGGACAACACCAGGCUCUGUGACCCCAAAACCCCCAGAGUGUGUGGGAACUGUCAGAGCCCCCCUUUUCCCCCAGGGGAUGCUUGGUGGGUGUUGUGGGGUCUGGGGCAGCAAUGGGGUCCCACUCAGCCCCUCUCCCAGGGGAAUGGCAGCCAGGCUGACACCUCCCUGCUCCUCUCCCACCUCAGAUCCUCAACAUGGAAGAUGACCAGAACUGGUACAAGGCUGAGCUGUUCGGCUGCGAGGGCUUUGUCCCCAAAAACUACAUCAAGGUCAAGCCACACCCGUGGUACGCGGGCAGGAUCUCCCGGCACCUGGCAGAGGAGCGGCUGCUCCAGUGCGAUCACCUGGGAGCCUUCCUGAUCCGCGACAGCGAGAGCGCCCCGGGAGAGUUCUCCCUCUCCGUCAACUACGGGAAGAACGUCCAGCACUUCAAGGUGCUCAGGGAGAGCAACGGCAAAUAUUUCCUCUGGGAGGAAAAGUUCAACUCCCUCAACAAGCUGGUGGAUUUCUACAGGAUGACCACGGUUGCCAAAGAGCAGCAGAUUUUCCUGUGGGACAAGGACCAGACCCAGGAGGUGAAGAGACCCCGAUUUGUGCAAGCCCAGUUUGAUUUCUCUGCCCAGGAGGGCUCCCAGCUGCCCUUCCUCCGUGGGGACAUCAUUGAGGUCCUGGACUGCCCCGACCCCGGCUGGUGGUGGGGGAAGAUCUACGGCCGCGUUGGGCUCUUCCCCCGGCGCUGCGUCCACCCCGUCCGCCAGUGACCAUCACCGCUGGUGACCUCACUCAGCCGGUGUCCUCACUCACCAGAGCUGCCUCGUGCCUGUCCUGAGUGUCCACUCACCCCUGAGUGUCCCCAGGAUGGUGCCUGGCCCUUGUGAAACCUCAGCUGUGGCUCCCCUGUUCCCCAGGGCUCCGUGACCCCCAGGGAUGGGGCUGGCAGCGCCGCUGCCCAGGGAGGGAGUGGGGAGUGUUCAACCACGGCCAUAAAAACUUUUCCAGAGCCACAAUCCAGUGGGAUGAGAGCAACAGAGGGGGUGAGGCCAAAACCCCAAACUUUGGCUCCUCUCCAAAGCCCCAGCUCCAGGGAGGGCUGCAGGCAGCCAGGACACAACCAGGAUCCACAACUCCACGGAGGAAUUCCAGGACUCAGGGUACCAGGGAAGGCUGAUCCAGGGGGAUUCCAUGCAGCAGGUGCUGUUCAGAGCUGCGAUUUGUGGCACUUUUUUAUAUUCUUUUUUAUUUAGGGCAGGUAAAAUGUGUCUGGGCGUU